AUGGGUGGACAUCCUCCAGCGCAACAGAAGAAAGCAACCCGGAACAGAGAUAAUACCGCAAAGAACCACGUCUGCCAGUAUUGCGAGCAGCUCCAUGAUCGUCAUCAGACCACUCACCAUCAAUGCUCCCGCAGCAGCUUCCCUUCGCCUGAGAUUAUUCCAUCUGACGUCUUCGCUACCGAGCCAAAAAACAUAGUCGAGCUUCAUUCCUCGAUGCCGGAUACUGGGAGGAGUGAAAACGACGUACCUAAUAGUGACAUUAUUUCACUUCCCUUCAGUCCCAGCAGCAAUGCUACUUUUCACCCUGUUUCUUUUUGGUCUGACAUGAGCCAACACUCCUCGUUAGAAGGUAUUAGUUCUCUUGACCCGAAUGGCAAUCUACCUAUAUCUAUAUUACACUCGGAAGUUACUUCUCUGACAGACUGGGGUUUGAACGAGAUUUCUAUAGAAAAGUCAGCGCAGGAUAUUUCAUCACUGCUAUUAGACAAUACUAUAGACUCAACAACGAAACCAGGGUUUCCUCAAGAAGAGCAGCAAAACUUUCUAGAGCGCAUGAAAGCCGGAAAGUCAUCACCCCCCUCGCCAUUUUCCGUAUCACCACCCGGUGACAGCGACUUUUGGUCCGUUCUAUCGGACGAAUCGAAUAAUUUUAGAAUUCCUUGCUCGCCGCUACUAGAUGUCUUCUCAUGGCCGGAAGCUCAGUUAGGAUAUGUAGGGACAGAGCCUACUCAAAUAUCAGAUCCACGAAUUGAUGGUCAAUUAUUGGAUACUAUCAAACAGGCAUUAUCAAAACACCAGUCCAACGGUAGAGUCGAAAUAUCGGAAGCCCAGAUGCUUGAAAAAUACCUCACGAUGUUUUUCGCGACUUUAAACCAACAUUUACCUUGUAUACAUGAAUCAAGUACAUCAUCGAUUAAUCCAGCGGUUACAAUUGCUCUUAUAGCUGGUGGUGCCAUGUACUGCUCCAAGUCUCAAGCUGGAAUUGCUCUUUUCGAGGUUUCUAGACGCAUGGCGGGAGAAUACAUGGAGAUCAGUCAGUCACAGACCAUUCCCCCAUGGGUCUUGCGCACGCUGCUUUACAACUGCCUCUUUGGAUUUCCAGGGGGCAGCUCAUCAAAUAUGGAUAGCACUCUCGGGAGCCUUAGGAGCUUAGUAAGGAUAGCCUCCAGCAUUCAGUCCUUUACAGCUGCUUCUAGUCAGAUGGAGAAAUCUGUGGUAGUCGCGGAGUGGAACAUGUUUGUGGAUAAUGAACUAUCCAAACGAUCAAUCUUUGGCGUUCUAAUUGUUGUUGGGAUGUGGUCAACAGUCUACGGAUCGAUUGAUGGGGCCGCAAUUAGACACUUCAGCCAGGUACACCUGCCUGCCCCGGAGGUGCUCUGGAAGGCGCCAACGGCCUGUGAAUGGCAGAAAUUAAGACUGAACGCCGGGAGCCAGCCACUGCCGCGGUUUCGCGAAACAGUUGACGCAGUAUUCUCGAACAAAGCGUACAGGUGUGGCGGCUUGGCAUCCUUGUCUAUAGUCAUGGGAAUCUUGAUUUCUGCUGACGAACUGCGAUCUUCGUCCCCUAUGCUACCUCAAGAUCUGAAGAGCCGUAUAACACAGGCUGUUGAAAAUUGGUCAGCAAUGCAUAAUGAAGGGUCUACCGAGAAUUCGGAUGUGAACUUCGUUGCGUACCCUACUGCAGCAUAUAUUCGGCUAUCAUUGCAAGUUGAUAUAAAAUUUGCCAUGGCAAUGUUCAUGACAAGAGAUUUUCAAUGCAUGCGCGCAACAUUGAGAUCUGGAAACUUGUUCGAAGCGACAAAGCAUGCGCUGGAUGGGCUGUCUCCUUGGGCUAUGAUUUCCAAGAUCCAAAUUCUAAUGGUGUCAAUACCUUUCACAAUCGUUAUUAGCGAGUGGGUACUUCUAAAGUCCGAAUCCUCAGUCAUUUCUACAUCACAUAUGGAGCUCCUGUCUAAGAUUGGCGAGGCUCUAGGGCUGCUUAUACAAGGCAGCGCAAUGACCCCCAUAGGCAUCUGGAAAUCCCUGCACCAUAUACUUGAAAAUGGCCCCACAAAGUGA